AUGGAGCCAGUCCAUUUAUGUGAGCUAAAGAACAAGUUUUACGAAGAGGUGACCAACAUCCCUCCAAACGAAACAAGCCUUAGAAAAUGUUUAAUCUGGUUGAAGAAAAAAAACACCAUAAAUAUGUCAAGCAAAGAAAGCAAAAGAUAUUUCGUGUAUCGGCAAGAUAUUGUAGCCGAAAGAAACCGGCAUUACGAUAGUAAAUUUUUCUACAUUACGCAUCCGUUUAGUGCUAUAAACAUUUUUCAAGAAGUGUAUGGAGUUUUCACAUUGUUUUUGGGCUUACUCAUAAUACCAUUUUAUUUUACGUUUAAUCCUGAAGAUGAAUACUGGGUUGUAGUGAAAAUAUGGCUGUUUUUCUUCGGAGGGUAUAUAAUACAAAACUGUUUCAAAGGGGUGGUUAGGAAGAAGGAGGGAAUCAUUUUGGACCACCCCAAAAUAAUGCGCUUCUAUCUAAAGAGCUACUUUAUAUUUGACUUAACCAAUUUUUUGAUAUUCAUAUUCCAAGAUGUCACGAACUCAAUAUGGGCUUUUACAUGGCUUCUACUGUUAACAAGACUUGCAACUUUAAAUCAGUUAAGCUACAGCAUUCUUAUAAGGCUGCAUGUCGGCACCAACACUAUCGAAAUAGUCAACUACUUUUUCACUAUGAUGUUUCUGAUACACUUUUUUUCCUGUUUAAUUUAUCAAAUACCAGAUUACAUACAUUUUCUAACCGGGGUGCACCCAAUUAAUUCCUGGUUGAUCACUCAUAAUCUGUUGGAUGAAGACGUUAUCGAAAAGUAUUUUGCAUGCGUUAAGCUUACUAUGUCGCACUUUUUUGGCUCCGGAUUGGCAAAUUAUAACCUCAAGGAGCAAUUAAACGAACAGAUCAGUUUUACUAUAAUUUUAUUGUGCGGCAGAACAUACACCCUGUUCGUAUGGUCGAGACUUUUAGUUAUUUUUGGUUUCAUAAACUUGUCACAAACAAAAUACGAAGAGAUACAAAACCAAAUCUACAAAUUUAUGCGCAUCAAUAAGCUUCCAAGGGCCAUCACAGACAGAAUAAUGAAGUUCUACGAGUACAAAUUCCAGAAGCAUUACUUUGAUGAAAGCGAGCUUCUUAAUAGGAUGCCCAUUCAUAUGAGAAACGAAGUACAUUUGUACAGCUGCAGAAUCUUGAUUGAGAAAACUGAAGCUUUCAGAAACUUGUCAAAAGGUGCUAUGGGUGAAAUAAUGACAUACUUUAAGCAAGAAAUAUACAUGCCCCAUGAUGUGAUCAUUAAAUGCGACGAUUUUAUCGAAAACAUAUACUUUAUUUCCUUUGGAACGGUAAUGUACCUGAACAGGAAAGGCAAUGAGGUCCUACAUUACACUGACGGAAACCAAAUCGGAAUUUUGUCUUUUUUCUUUUCCUCAGAAGAACGGUAUAUGAUGACUGCAAUUGCACUGGAGAUUACUGAAGUCUAUAAAAUUUCCAAAUCUGAAUUGCUUAAGCUCUUUGUCGAAUAUCCCGAUAUCGAACAGAAGUUUUACAAAAAGGCAUUCAAGGAUUACAAAAAGUUUAUGAAGUUGCAUGAUUUCAAUGCCGAGGUUAUGCCAGUCAAUACGUUUAUUGCGAAUUUGCACGAUCGGAGGUUGAUGGAGGAGAUUCAGAAGAGACCCAUCAUGAAUUGA